CCAUCCAACUUUUGAGAAGCUACUGACUGAGCUACAAACAACCCAUCUUCUUCUUUGAUCAAAUCCUUAGUAGUUCAAGUGAUCAGCUCGAGCUCGAAUUCGAACUCGAACUUAGCCAUGGCGGGGAUCGCAUUCGGUCGCUUCGACGACUCGUUCAGCUUCGGCUCGCUCAAGGCCUACCUCGCCGAGUUUAUUUCGACUCUCCUUUUUGUCUUCGCCGGCGUAGGAUCCGCCAUUGCCUACAACAAGUUGACGGGCGGCGCGGCGCUUGAUCCGACCGGGCUGGUGGCGGUGGCGGUUUGCCACGGGUUCGCGCUGUUCGUGGCGGUGUCGAUCGCGGCCAACAUCUCGGGCGGGCACGUCAACCCGGCCGUGACCUUCGGGUUGGCCCUCGGGGGGCAGAUCACCAUCCUUACCGGAAUCCUCUAUUGGGUCGCGCAGCUCGUCGGUGCCAUCGUCGGAGCUUACCUCCUCAAGUUUGCCACUGGUUUGGACACACCCACCCACGGCGUGGCCGCCGGAGUGGGCGCGGCGGAGGGGGUGGUGAUGGAGAUCAUCACCACCUUCGCCCUCGUCUACACCGUCUACGCGACCGCCGCUGACCCGAAGAGGGGCUCCCUCAGCACCAUCGCCCCCAUCGCCAUUGGCCUCAUCGUCGGCGCCAACAUCCUCGCGGCCGGGCCCUUCUCCGGGGGCUCCAUGAACCCGGCCCGAUCCUUCGGCCCGGCCGUCGCCAGCGGCAACUUCGCGGACAACUGGAUCUACUGGGUCGGGCCCCUCGUCGGCGGCGGGCUCGCGGGGAUCGUCUACACCUACGUGUUUAUGUGCUCCGACCAUGCACCCGUGUCAGCUAGUGAUUAUCCGUGAACCUCGUAAAAUUAGUUUGUGUUUCGAAAUUAAAUUUGGAAUAUUAUUUGUCCCUUUGGUAUAUAAUAAUAUGUAAUUAAUCGAAGUUGAGUGCUUUGGGAGCUUAAUUGGUGUUCUUGCUUGUAAGUUGUAACGUGAAGCAGUUGUUUUUCGAAAUUAAAAGCCUUAGCAUU